AUGUAUUCGGGUGUGCAGAGUGCACAAAUUAUCCUCGAUACUGAGUUGAAGGCGCCUGGGGCAGAGAUAACAUGGUUUUACCCUAAUGCAGACAUUAAUAAUGGGGGCCAGGAUGAUUGCAACGAUGGCCAGCUUAACGAAGAUGGGAAGUUGAACACAGCCAAAUGCUCCUCUUCUACGAUACCUGGGCAGCACCCUCCCUACCUGUGGUUCAAGAAAGCAAAUCAUAGCUGGGUUGAACGUGAACCGGUUGAAGUAGUUGCUAUUGGUACCCAGGAUCUAGAAGACCUUGAUGGGAAAUGGGGUUAG